UUCCCACCAUGUUUGCGCUGUAGUGUUUUGUGGUCUGAUGUUGCUGGUGGCCGUGCGGCGCGAAUUUCAUCCAAGUGGAGAGCAUGCUCGAAAGCCAUGAUCCUAAGAAGCAAUUGGAAAACAUUUUACAUGGGGAGCAUGGGAUCGAAGGUAUUGCAGUUCAUGACAAGGAAGGUUGUUGUCUGAUAAAAGUGUGCAAGCCCGCGUGCCCCGAGCACACGACGGGUGUGAAAUACCUCUCGGCGUUCACAGUUCUCUCCGAUCAGGCCGCCAAAAUGAAUCUGGGCAAAAACAAGAAGAUAUUCAACUUCUACGGAAAACAUCAGAUUGUCCAGUUCCGUCUGGACCCUCUGAUCCUGACGGUGGUGGCCUCUGCGUCGGCGAACACGGGCUACAUAGCUGGCCUGGACGUGACGCUGGAGCCGCUGCUACAGAAGCUGCAGCCGCUGGUGCGGCCCCACUGAGCGGCGGACCGCCGUCCAGCUGUUCCAAUCCUGAUAAUGCCCGUGUUCAAGCGACUUGCCGCCGUAUUUCGCCCGUGUAGCACUGCAUUGUUGCGUGACAUAAACACCGCGUAAACGACACUCGAGUGUCAAGGCCAGGUGGUUUCGCAGUGUAAAUAAUGUUAUUCGACAGAUAUAACAGUGUGGUGCGUUGUGUGAUUUUUGUUUCAUGCUGGGUAGGUAAUGUGCUUAAUCCUGGAGAAACAGAGCAGGCGGCGCGAAGUUGCACUGUCCAUCAAGAUUCGCGAACAAUUACGAACGAAUGUCAAAAAUCUGGAUGAUAAUUGAGUGAUUCCGUUUGAAAAAAUCACCCCCUUCUGCUGUCUUCAAUUUUAUCCUCAGCACUGGAACCGGACUGAUGUCUGGCUCGGAUAUUUCUCGGGGAUAUAAUGCCCGACAAUCUUGAAAUAGAUGCUCGGGCGUUCAGAAAGCGGACACAACUUAAACGCGUCAAACUGUAACAAUGAAUGGCUGGUUAUUGCCCAUGAUUGGGGAAGGGUAAUCACGUGGACAUGUUAAUGUGGCUGUAUCUAUCUGUAUCUCUACUUGCGUGCGUCUCAUCUCCGGUUAGUCAUGCGACUCCGCCUGAGCGCAGCGGGUCCUAUACGUGAAAUGUUUGCCAGGUGUGGCUUUUCGUACGAACCCAAUGUAUCUGUGAUGCCAU